UUUUUUCCUUUUUCCUCCUUUCCCCCAUUUAUUUAUUCAUUCAAUCUCCAUUUUUCAGGCAGUACUAAUAAUUCUCCAUCUCUCCCCCUUUGGCUCUUUGCUCUUUAGCCCACCAUCCACCUCCCACUUAUCCUCUUCACCUACAGAAAGACAGAUAGAGAUUUCACUAAGAACAAAGAGAGAGAAAGCUUUGACUCCAAAUCGGAGCAUUUCCCAUCUUCUCCCCCGGCGGGGAUCUCUGCCAUGGAUCUGAGCCCGAAGCAGAGCAGCCCGUCGGAGUCGACUCGCUUCCCCGACGAGGUCCUCGAGCGAGUCCUUGCCCUGCUCACGUCUCCCAAGGACCGGAACGCCGUUUCCCUGGUCUGCAAGGACUGGUACACCGCCGAUAGCUGGUCCCGCCGCCAUGUCUUCAUCGGGAACUGCUACUCCGUCUCGCCGGAGAUCGUCGCCCGCCGGUUCCCGAGGAUCCGGAGCGUCACGCUCAAGGGGAAGCCGCGGUUCUCCGACUUCAAUCUCGUUCCUGAUAACUGGGGCGCCGACGUCCACUCCUGGCUCCUGGUAUUCGCCUCUGGGUGUCCGUUCCUCGAGGAGCUGAGGCUGAAGAGAAUGAGGGUCACCGAUGAGAGCUUGGAGUUCUUGGCGCUCAACUUUCCUAAUUUCAGAGCUCUAUCCCUCCUGAGCUGCGAUGGGUUCAGCACCAGCGGACUCGCCACUGUCGCUACUCAUUGCAAGAAUCUGACUGAGCUUGAUAUACAAGAGAACGGGAUAGAGGACUUGAGUGGGGAUUGGCUGAGCUGCUUUCCUGAGAACUUUAACACAUUGGAAGUUUUAAACUUCUCCAACCUGAUCACCGAUGUGAACCCUGGCGUACUCGAGAGGCUUGUGAGCAGGUGUAGAUCGUUGAAGGUUUUGAAACUGAAUAGAACUAGCUCCUUGGAUCGCCUACAGCGGUUGCUCGUUUCUGCACCUCAAUUGACUGAACUGGGCGCCGGUUCUUUCUCUGAAGAGCUCACGCUGCAGCAGCAUGCGGAGCUCAAAUAUGCUUUCGGUCUCUGCAAAAAUUUGAGUGUGCUAUCUGGAUUUUGGGAUGCGUCGGCACUUAAUCUAUCAGCUGUUUACCCUGCUUGCUCGCGGCUGAGUUUUCUAAACAUGAGCUAUACCGCUUUGCAGAGUCCGGAACUUGCAAGUCUUCUUCCUCACUGUCCUUGUCUUCGCCGCCUCUGGGUACUGGAUUCAGUGGGAGACAAAGGCCUUGAAGCCGUGGGAGCCAACUGCCCAUCACUUGAAGAAAUCCGUGUCUUCCCCACCGACCCUUUCGACGAGGACAUGCUCCACACAGUUACCGAAUCAGGCAUCGUUGCAGUCUCCCAGGGCUGCCCCAAACUCCAUUACAUCCUCUACUUCUGCCGCCAGAUGACAAACGCUGCAGUGGCCACUGUGGUUCGCAACUGCCCAGACUUCACCCAUUUCCGCCUCUGCAUCAUGAACCCAGGCCAACCGGACCACACCACCAACCAACCCAUGGAUGAGGCCUUCGGUGCCGUAGUAAAAGCAUGCAAGAAGCUCAAGCGACUCUCCAUCUCCGGUCUUCUCACGGAUCUCACGUUCAAGUACAUAGGCGAGUACGCCAAGAAUUUGGAGGCCUUAUCUGUGGCCUUUGCUGGAAGCAGUGAUCUGGGGAUGCAGUAUGUUAUGGAGGGCUGUUCGAAGCUGAAGAAGUUGGAGAUUAGGGACUGUCCGUUCGGGAAUGUGGCGUUGCUUUCCGGUUUGGAGAGGUACGAGUCAAUGAGGUCGCUUUGGAUGUCGGCUUGUAAUGUGACGAUUGAUGGGUGUAGGUCUUUGGCCAGAGAGAUGCCGAGGUUGAAUGUUGAAGUGAUGAAGGAAGAAGGGAGUGAUGAUUGUAAGGCAGAUAAGGUUUAUGUUUAUCGAACCGUUGCUGGGCCAAGACGAGAUGCUCCUCCUUCUGUGCUCACCUUCUCCGGUCUUUGAAAAUUAUCAAGUGACGAUGCUUCAACAAGCUUUGUUCCGAGGAAUGGUUUGGAAAGGAAGAGAAGAUAGCAUGUACCAAGUAUUUGCUUAAUCUUGUCAAUUUGCUGGGAGGCUGCAACUCCAUGAAGUCAUGAAGCUACCUACUAGCUACUAGAAAGGGCUGAAAUCCACAGCACUCAUGCCAUUCGAGGAGCUUCUUGUAAACUCUCCGAGUAGUGAAAUCCAGAAGAAGAGAAGAAACACACAGUUGGCAUCCGAGCACAUCAUCUCAUCCAUCAUUAACAUGGGUCGACGAUGAUCAAGCUAGCCGCGAACCCAUUGCAGGUUAAGAUAAAAGAAGACCCACCACCACCACCACCACUAUCAUCAUCAUGUGUGAGUGUCACCACAACGCAGGCCAUGGCUACCAUUAACUGCUUGCAGCCAAAGUUGAUGGAAAUUUGGAGAAAGGAGAUAAUGCAACAGAGACCAGACAAAGGCUACUUCUUCCAUGGUUUCUGGUGGUGAGCCAUUUAGUUUAGGGGGUUGGCUAGCGGAGAUGAUGGCUGCUCUGUUGGUCCAAAGUUGUUGGCCAAGAGUGAACACCACGAAAUGGCGGGAAUGGUGGAGAUGUCAACUGUCGUCCUCUCUCUUCUUUCUUUUUUGGUUUUUUUGUUGAAAGAACCCUGCUUCUCAUUUUGUUGUGCAUUAUUGGUUUUCAAUUUUCAUGUCUGUCCAUCUUUUUGCCGGAUUGGACUUGAACAGGCAUAUAUGGCUUUUUAAGGGGUCGUUUGGCAAGCUGUUUUCCAUUAGUAUACACGAUUUUCAGGACAUCAUGUAUUUUUGUAAUUGGGAUUUGUAAGAAUUCGUGUAAUGUUAGAACAUAGCGUCCGGUUCCGUUAGCAAGAUCUUAAGAUGUAGGCAGCUGAAUUCUUCAAUACUAUUGGUGAAUCCAAAGUAUAUCACAAUCUAUGUUAUGAUGUAAUGUGCAUUUACAAGACGCAGAAAAGAACAAUGUAAUGAUUUUCUGAAAUAAUGUAUUCUGGAAAUCAGGAG